AUGGGGAACAGUGGCUCCCCGCCGACAGGACCGGACAACCAAGGAGGCAUCAACUGGCUGAGCCUGAGCCCCGACGGGCAGCGUCUGCUCACUGGCAGUGAGGAUGGCACCGCGCGGCUCUGGAGCACUGCCGACAGCCAGUGCCAUGGCCACUUCCAAGGACACGAAAGUUACAUCACCUUUUGCCACUUAGAAAAUGAGGCUGCCUUCACGUGUAGCGCAGAUCAUACCAUCCGAAAGUGGGAUGUGAUGACAGGUCAGUGCCUGGCCAUUUACCGAGGACACACAUCAAUUGUGAACAGGAUCCUGGUUGCCAAAGACUAUCUCUUUAGUGGCUCCUAUGACAGGACGGCUCGCUGUUGGAGUGUGGACAAGGAGAAACAAAUCCAGGAAUUCCGGGGCCAUCGGAACUGUGUCCUGACUCUAGCUCACUAUUCCUCCAGGGAUGUUCUUGAAGAAGAGGAGGAGGAAGAGGAGGAGGAGGAGAAAGUGAGCAGAGACCUCCUGGUGACAGGUAGCACAGACUGCACUGUUAAGGUCUGGUGGGUGUCCAGUGGGCGCUGUUACCAGACUCUGCUGGGACACACUGGGGCUGUCUUAUGCCUUAUACUUGACGCACCAAACAGGGAGCUGUUCUCUGGCAGCACGGAUUAUACCAUUCGAACAUGGAAUAUUGUCACUGGUGAGCAGUUGAAAGUUUUCAAAGAGCAUCAAGGAUCAGUAAUUUGCCUUGAG